GGGUUGCGGGAUCACGUGAGCGGCGGACCGGUCGCUACGGUCUGGAUGCUUAGUUUCUGCGCUGAUUUCAGCCCAGACUCGUUUCUAACACACAUGUGAGGAAAACGAACCUGCCGAUGCGUUCAAGGAGCCAAAGCAGACUCAGUAAAACGUAGUUUGUGUCCACGAACCGGUAACUUUCCAGAGAGCCGACCCGCGAGGGAUCGUUGAGGUUGCAGCGGUCCGGUCAUGGACAUCGACGCCGUGAUGAGCCGCUUUUCUGGACCCAUGUUUAGCCGCUACUGGCAGCACUACCAUCAGGCCAUGUCCUGGCAGCAGAGGCACAGGCGCGCCUACUGGAAGGCGAUGGAGGCCGCCGGCGGGCCCCUCUGCUGGCAGCAGCAGCGUCCAGACGGCGGGCGGCAGCGUCCUGACGGCGGGCGGCAGCGUCCUGACGGCGGGCGGCAGCGUCCUGACGGCGGGCGGCGCUACGAGGACUGGCACGUCGAAGACGAGGAGGAGGACGAUGGAGAGGACAGCGGCUCGGAGAUCGAGUGUGACGUCAGCAACAUGGAGAUCAGCCAGGAGCUGCGGCAGUACUUUGCAGAGACGGAGAGACACCGGGAGGAGCUGAAGAGGCAGCAGCAGAUGGAGGCGGAGCGGCAGGACAGCUACGUGCCAGCGGACCAGGACCUGCACGCCGCCUCCUGGAGACGCAGCGCCGCCCCUCCCCUGGAGCGGCCGGGCGAGAGGCGAGCGGCCGAGAUGAAGAAGCUCUACGGCAAAGACGCGCCCAGGAUCCUGGCCAUGGAGGCGGCCAUGCAGCUGACCUUUGACAGGAACUGUGACCGCAAGCAGCCCAGAUACUGGCCCGUCAUCCCGCUGAAGCUGUGACGGCUCCCUGUGGGUCAGCGGAACCGCAGAACCGGGAGCCGAGGAGGACGGCAGACAUGUUCUCCUACAGCCAGAUCUGCGUCUUCCUGUGUCUUUGGUCGUUCCUGCGGUUUAGUUGCACAUUUCCUGAAGCUACUUUGGGCUUCAGCGUCUCUGUCCGUCCUUCAAACACGGAUUUGCUUUUAGGAUUUUAUACGGACUCGGUUUGUAAUAAAGGUUCUGCUGAAGGAGUU